AAAGCUUCAUGUAACAGCAAAUGGAUGUAUUCUGGGUUUCUUGGAUGGAUGUGUGAAGGAUAUUUUUCUUUGGCUCAUGUUUGGAUGAGUAGAUCUUCGGAGGACUCUUUGGACUACCUUUAAUUAUGUGGAAAUAUUGAUUUCAUUUUUUUUACUUAUUUAAUUUAAAAAUAAUAAUUGGUUUUCCCUUUUUUUAUAUAGCUUGUGAUCAAACAUUAUUUUAUUAUUUAUUUUAUUUCUAUUUCAUUUUGCUGUGGAUCAGCCAUUAGCAUGGAAGGGAUUUUAUUUAAUAUCAUUUAUAUUACUUAUCUCACAAGUUACAGACUGUAUCUAAAAAAUGAAGGCAAGACGGUUCUGUGACUAUGUGAAAUACAGUAAAAUCUUUAUUCCCUUGUGUGGGCUUACUGAGUCAGACUUCACUAGCUCCACCCUCCUUUCCUUCGCUUGCUCUUCUACUCCUGCUCCUGCUUCUCCUCCUCAUUUCACAGAGGCGUGAGUUUCUGCCAGAGACUAAGAGCGCGAGUCAGACCAGACCCUCUCUCUGCAGUUUCAACGGGACACAGCAGCUGUAGAAGCCCUCAGUAACUCUCUCAGCUUUACCAGGCUAAUAGCACCAAAUCCAGUCAGCUAUGGAGACUCCAGGUCAGAAACGAAGCUCCCGGGGAGGGACGACCACCGUCCUGUCUCCCACCCGCAUCAGCCGGCUGCAGGAGAAAGAGGAUCUGUGCAACCUGAAUGACCGUCUGGCGGUCUACAUCGAUAAGGUGCGCUCUCUAGAGACAGAGAACGCAGGUCUGCGUAUGCGCAUCACCGAGUCGGAGACGGAGAUCAGCCGUGAGCUGAGCGGCAUGAAAGCAGCGUACGAGGCCGAGCUGGCGGAUGCCAGGAAGACGCUGGACUCGGUGGCCAAAGAACGAGCCCGACUGCAACUGGAGCUCAGCAAGGUGCGCGAGGACUACAAGGAGCUGAAGGCCAGGAAUAGUAAGAAAGAGGCAGAUCUGGAAUCGGCUCUGGCCAGACUGAAGGAUCUGGAAGCUCUGCUGAACUCGAAGGACGCGUCUCUCUCCACAGCACUGGGGGAGAAGAGAUCACUGGAGGUCGAAGUCAGAGAUCUGAAAGCCCAGCUGGCCAAGCUGGAGGGCAGUCUGAGUGAUGCUAAGAAGCAGCUACAGGAUGAAAUGCUACGACGUGUGGACGCUGAGAACCGAAUCCAGACCCUGAAAGAGGAGCUGGAGUUCCAGAAGAACAUCUACACUGAGGAGCUCCGUGAAUCGAAGCGCAGGCAUGAGUCACGUGUGGUGGAAAUCGACGGCGGCCGCCAUCAGGAUUUUGAGAGUAAACUGUCCGAGGCUUUGAUUGAACUGCGCAACCAACACGAAGAGCAGCUUCGCAUCUACAAGGAUGAAAUUGAAAAGACCUACAACUCCAAGCUGGAGAACGCCCGUCAGUCGGCUGACAGGAACAGCCAUUUGGUGGGAGCCGCCCAUGAGGAACUGACGCAGACACGUUCGAGGCUGGAGAGUGUGACCUCUCAGCUCACUCAGCUACAGAAACAGUUGUCUGCUCGUGAGGCGAAGAUCCGUGAACUGGAGGAGGCUCUAUCCAGAGACAGGGACAUGAUGCGCCGUCGUAUGGAGGACAAGGAGAAAGAGAUGGCCGAAAUGAGGCAGCGCAUGCAGCAACAGUUGGAUGAGUACCAGGAGCUGCUGGACAUUAAGCUUGCACUCGACAUGGAGAUCAGUGCUUACCGGAAGCUCCUGGAGGGCGAGGAAGAGAGGCUGCGUCUCUCCCCGAGUCCUCCUCCUGUCCGUGGGGUGACAGUAACCCGCUCCGGAGGAUCAGGAACUCAUACACGUGUGCUCCAGAGCAGCACCAGUCGUACCUCUUCAGGCAGUGCUAAGAAACGGCGCUUGAACGAUAACGACAGCGAUGCCUCCAGCGUGGUCGGUGGAACUGUUACUCGCACAAGAGUCGCCCAGCAGGCCUCUGCCAGCGGUCGCGUGACCGUGGACGAAGUGGACAUGGAUGGCAAAUAUGUACGGCUCAGUAACAAGUCUGACCAGGAUCAAACUAUGGGUCACUGGCAGGUGAAGAGGCAGAUUGGUUCCAGCACUCCCAUCAUCUACAAGUUCCCACCAAAAUUUACUCUGAAGGCAGGGCAGACUGUCACAAUUUGGGCCUCUGGAGCUGGAGGAAUCCACAACCCUCCUUCUGACCUGGUGUGGAAGACCCAGAACUCUUGGGGCAGUGGAGAUCUGUUCCAGACCACCCUCAUCAGCUCCAGUGGGGAGGAGAUGGCCAUGAGGAAGGUCACACGCACUCUAUUCCAGGAUGAGGAUGAUGAUGAAAUGGCCGCCCACAGCACAUGUGGGGAUAGUGAGUAUAACCUCCGCAGCCGUACGGUGGUGUGUGGCUCGUGCGGGCAGCCGUCAGAUAAAAACAGCGGCUGUGUGACGGCCAGCUCUGGAGUGUCCAGUGCAUCUCGAUCGUUUUGCAGCGGAGGGGGGCUGCCUGAAUCAUUUGUCUCUCCCUCACACUUUAUUGUGAGCAAUGACAAACGCAGACAGGCUGGACCCAAACUAGACAACUGCUCCAUUAUGUAGGCAAGCUGUAGACAGCCCUGACCAUCUGUCCUUCCACACAAACCAGAAGGAAUUCAUCCAACUAUUAGUUUUUCUUUUUGGAUUAUGUGUCUUAUUAUUACAUGACAUAUUUUGUACUUCAGUUUUUGUUUUGUAUUUCAUAAUCCGCGGGGUAGAUUUUGGGCUCUUGUAUGGCAAAAGGCUUCAUACGCUGGCAGCUUGUAGGUUGUAGUUUGCGACUAUUAUGUACAGUGUUACUCUAAUAUAUUUGCAUGGUGGCCUGGCAGCAGCUUCAAUAUAAUCGUACUGUACUCAGGGAGAGAGGCGAACUGAGCACUUCACACUCACACCAUGAGCUCUCAAUGGGAAUGCUGUCGGAACGCAACACGCACAGUUAAUACACUUUCUCCAUGAUAAACUCUGAUUUCAGCACAGACUGGCUCUCUAGCUUAUGUACGAGGACAAACAGUGAGCAUCAGUUCAUGUAAGACCAUUCGUUAUUGUCCCAAACUUUGUCCGUAUGGUUUUUUUUUUCAUGCUACCUCUUGCAGUUAUGUGAUCGCAAUGAUGUGCAUCUACAAAAGGGGAAAAGAAAGUGAGUUAUUCUAUGCAGUUUUGUUACAAUAAAGCUCUGGAAUAGAAAUACAGAUGUUCUGGAUGUAAAACUGCUUUGUGCCUUGAUACAAUUGCACAGUUGAAUAGGCACUUUGUGUCUUUUGGCAGUGCGUGUACAAGCUCGGACUAGACUGCAGUAUGUCGUGUCUUGCGUAAUAAGUGUUAUGGGAUGUUUCUGAAAGACUUGAAGCAACUAUAAAACUAAUCCAAAGAAAAGCUCCUUAGCAGUUUGCAAUUGCCAAGACGUUGUCAACACGUUAAACAAAAACGUACUGAUUGUUUUAGAAGGAAAACAUUUGAAGUUUACUUGCAGAUUAAGACAUAUCUGAUGUAUCAUGUUACUGGAGAAUCAUGUGUUUAAAGUACUGAGUACUAAACCAUUGCCCGUUUAAAGAGAUGUAUUUUUGUUUCAAAGCUUAGGGGCAGUAUAUUUAAAUAUGCAAAAUGACCACCGUCAUUCCCAGCUUUAAUGCGAUAUGGUUUUUAUUGUGUUUUUUAUGUUGACACUUGAACCGUUUGAGUUUUAUGAAAAACUCAGAUUUACAUGUACUCUAAAGCAUUUGUAUUUCUCUUUGGGACUGAGUGUUGAUUUGCUCUUGUCACUCCUCUCUUGCAUAGAUGAUCCAGUUCCUCAGCUGGACCGCUGUAAGGCUCCAGAAAUCUGAGCAGUCUGUUCAGUUCAAUUCAAGACUUAAAACAAACAAAAAUUGUUUCAGAAAGUUGGAAAUUAGGAACAUAAGCGAGCCUCCCACAGCCCUCCAGCCAGAGGAAUGGAUAUUGCUGACAUUAUUGCUUUGCAAAGCUUUGGGUUUCUAAAGGAGUAUUUUGGGAGAGUGUAUCUAUUUUUUCUAUAUAUACUUAAGAAAUGUGGUUUUGUAUUUCCACUUAAAUAGCCAUUGACAUUAUUGUAAUAAGCCAUGUAUUUUCGUUUUUGAAACUGAUAAUGGAUUUCAGUUGUUUUUUUGUUGGCAUCUUUGGAAAUCUUACCUUAUGCAAAGAAAGAUUUGCUGAUAACCAGAACUAAAGUGGUAAAAUAAUAAUUUCCCCUUUAUUUUGAAAUGUUGUUUUUAGUUAGAUGCUAAUUUCAUGAAGGCUUUGUAUUGAAAACAAAAAUCAAAUCAAACAGACUGCAGGGGAAUGCAGUGAUUUUUUUUUUCUUUUUUUCAAUGGUCAUUUACUGUUUUGUGAGAAAUUUCAGAAUUGUUUUGAAAUUUUGUUAUAAACUUUUCCUUGAGUUUUUUUUUUUUCAGUUGUAACAAAUAAAGCCUUUCUGACUUUUUCAUUUGCUCUGUGUGUGUGUAACUGCGUAUGCAAACAUCUUUUGAUCCUUUACUGUUGAAGAUGUUUUAUUGAAACUCUAUUUUAGUUCAUUUAUUUUUUAUAUCAUUUUGGCUAUUUUAUUUUAAAGUCUUGUUUUAGAUUGAUGUAAGGCUUACAUGUUAAGGCCUUUAUCUAGCGAUUGCGGUUUAUUAGGAAUCACGAUCGAUGAAUUACAAAACGGUUAACAGUUCAACAUACUACUAGUUUUUCUCAGAGACACCUUAUAUAGUUUCGCUUCAGAAAACAUUGAUUCAUCAACUGUAGCCUUAUGGAUAAGAGUUGUGUUUUUGUUUUGUUUUUUAAGUGUCAAUUUGAAGGACCCUUAUAUGUACAAUAAACUAGUCAGAAAUA